CUUCCAGAAUACAUCGCCCGCUUUUUACAGGCUAGUGCUUUCGCGCAAGAAGUUGCCUUGUCGGUCCAAAUUUGUUUUAAAUGUUCGGGAGUCAAGCUCACCCGACAAGAAACGACAUCAGUGGGAAAGCGGGAAGUUUUGAAGAGGAGAUGGAUCCUGUUCGUUCUUGGGUGCGGAAUGUCGGCGUUAUUGACGCAAACAUAGCGGCGCAGAGUGGAUUGGCCUUAUCCCGUGCUCACUUUGAAAAGCAGCCUCCCUCCAAUCUCAGAAAGUCCAACUUCUUCCAUUUUGUCCUGGCGCUCUAUGACCGCAGCGGACAGCCUGUGGAAGUGGAGAGGACAGCGUUCGUUGACUUUGUGGAGCAGGAUAAGAGAGCAGACAGGGAAAAGACCAAUAAUGGAACUCACUACAAACUCCAGCUCCUCUACAGUAAUGGUAUGCGCACAGAACAAGACCUUUAUGCACGUCUCAUUGAUUCCGUCACUAAACAGCCUAUAUCGUAUGAGGGACAGAACAAGAAUCCCGAGAUGUGCCGUGUUCUGCUAACUCACGAGGUCAUGUGCAGUCGCUGCUGUGAGAAAAAAAGCUGCGGCAAUCGUAAUGAGACACCAUCUGACCCUGUCAUCAUUGACAGAUUUUUCUUGAAGUUUUUCCUAAAGUGCAAUCAAAAUUGCCUGAAGACAGCAGGGAAUCCCCGAGACAUGAGGAGAUUUCAGGUGGUUUUGUCAACUACAGUCAGUGUGGAUGGACCUGUGCUAGCAAUUUCUGAUAAUAUGUUUGUGCACAACAACUCUAAACAUGGACGUCGCUUGAGAACGGAUUCUAAUGAGACGGUGGAGAAUAGCAUGGAAUACGCUACUCCCUGCAUUAAAGCCAUCAGCCCCAGUGAAGGUUGGACUACAGGCGGGGCUAUGGUAAUUGUGAUUGGAGAAAACUUCUUUGACGGUCUGCAGGUGGUGUUCGGGAGCAUGCUCGUGUGGAGCGAGUUAAUCACUCCUCAUGCUAUCCGAGUUCAAACUCCUCCUCGACACAUACCAGGGGUUGUAGAAGUUACGCUGUCUUACAAAUCCAAGCAGUUCUGCAAAGGAGCUCCAGGACGCUUUAUUUAUACAGCGCUGAAUGAGCCAACUAUUGACUAUGGUUUCCAAAGACUUCAAAAGCUGAUCCCUCGACAUCCUGGUGACCCCGACAAAUUGGCAAAGGAAAUGUUACUCAAAAGAGCAGCAGACGUUGUUGAAUCACUCUAUGGAAAUGCCACCAGCAAUCAGGACAUGUUGCUGAAACGGGCGGCAGACAUAGCUGAGGCUCUGUACAGCGUGCCACGACCUCACAGUCAGCUGCAGGCCAUGCCAAGUUCUCCCGUCCAUGGCAGCGUCAUGGGCCUCAGCUCUUAUCCCACCCAGCUGGGUGUAAGCAUUGGAGAACCUGGGCAAACCAGCAGCCAAGGUUACAACCGAAACCCAAGCAGUUUGUCACCGCGGGGCUACCCUUCAGCAUCAACCCCUCAACAGUCAGGUUAUGGAUCCAAUGGAGGCAUGAGUGCGAGUUACGGAGCCGUGCCCAUGAGUAGUCUGGGUGUUUCAGGGUCACCUGGCUUUAACAGUGCCUCACCAAACAGCUCUCCUUAUGCUAUCAUGCCGUCUAGCCCCACCGUGCCUGGUUCCAGUUCUUCAUCCUCCCUUUGCCUUUACGUCUUUCCCAUCCUCGAACAAACAAAAAGUGCCUUUGCUCCUGUCCUGAGACCGCAGGGUUCACCAUCACCUGUUUGCCAGACCUCGGGAGGCUCUAGCUUUAGAGCAAUGACAGGCCUUGUGGUUCCCCCAAUGUAGAGGAUUUUUCAUUCAUAAGCUCUGCAGUUAGUGGCUAAAACUGGACUGACACCAAUGUUGUCUCUCACAAGCCACAAUGAGUGAAAAAGAUCUUCUGAUGAUGACCCAUCAAGAUUAUUAGAGACCACAACGACAUCUUCAGAAGAUUUUGGGAACCUUCCGUUUGCCUCUGAUUGCGAGGAGGUUGCCAAAGGGAUGGUGUUACUUAAAGGUUCUUCCAGCCACAAAAUGCCAAAAGAGGAAUAAUUUUAUCGGAAAACAUAAGACUCGAGACUGUUACACAUUUCUGGCCAUAUGUUCUUGACAGACACGUUGGUCAAUAGACUUUCACCGCAGUAGAUGCCAGUAAAAGGGAUGUCAGUUGUGUCAGAACAGUUUUUUUAUGCUGAUAGAUCUACGUCCCUCAACUGAAAUUGUGUUUUUGAAAGCAUAUAUCAGGCUUUUCAUUUAGAGAAACAGAAAAUGUCUAUUUAGGUUUAGGUUUAUGAACUGAUUACCUCAUAUAUUGACUUAUUUAAUGACAGAAACUAUAUAAGUUAUAUUUUUAGGUUAAGUACUAAUAUAAGGAACCAUAAUUGUAUUUGCUAUUGUUAUUGUUAUCUAAUUGUAUUUGUUUUUUCUGUAAACCUUUUAUAUGUUGUCAUUUUGUUAUUCAUAUUAAAAUAGUGACUGUAGAUUUUUACAUGUACAAGAGUUUUGUUGUUAAAUGU